CUAGCUAGGAAAUGGAUCGUCAUAUGGAGACCUGGAUUACUCUAAAGCGUUAUUGUGUAUGUGGUGAUGGUUUAAUUGAGUGUUUGUUUAAAAUCAAGUGAAAAUAUUGUGAAGGGUAUGUGUGUGACGGCCCUGCGCUUUACACGCAUAAUUGGUCAUGUGCAAAUAUUAACCAUGUCGCCGUAUAGCAUGGCUCUCUUUGGUAUGGUGUGGCUUUUACGUGUGCGAUCAGAAAUGAAGCGUUGCGCAAAAUGUAGACGACAAGAAUUAGCACAAGCUGAGGAUCGCGCACCUCCGGCUACUUUCUUUACAAUAGACACCCCUAACGCCGUUCCUUGUCCAGAUACUGUUAGCCCAAGCCACAAUUUAGCACCCACGACAUACUGCGAAGUUCACGGGUAUAAUCCACCAAAGGAAGACAUACAAGAAUUUUACGAACUAACGCUUUUGGAUGAAACUAAAUCAAUUCAACAAAAAACAGCGGAAACCAUUCGAAUCGCUAACAAAUGGGAAACCAGCGAUGGUCCAAUUGCAACACCCUUCGCAAGUAAUGAUACAACAACCACGAUUAUCUUCAGUGAGUUUAGACAACAACUACCAGGACCUUCAGUGAGUUUAGACAACAACAACAACGAUGACCUACUUCAAAUGACCUUGGAAUUGGCGCACGCGCAGAACUCAAAGUAA